GUGGAUUUUCAUGUAGUGGACGUCCACCUCGCCGAGACCGUCACCCAGGAGGAGCUUCUGGCCGAGCUGAAGAAACUAAACGACGACCCUAAGGUGCAUGGCAUCCUGGUGCAGCUGCCACUGCCAGAGCAUAUCAACGAAGGAACAAUCCUGAAGCACAUCCGAGUAGACAAGGACGCCGACUGCUUCGCUGCCGAGAAUGUCGGAAACCUUUGUCUAAAAGGUGGAGAUCCACCCUUGGCUGUACCCUGCACGCCUGCGGGCUGCGUCGAGCUUCUGCAGCGCAGUCGUGUCGACGUGUCUGGCAAGUCGGUGGUUAUUCUUGGCAGGUCGAAUCUCGUUGGUAUGCCCAUGGCGCAGCUGCUCCUCUCCAUGGAUGCCACCGUCACUAUCUGCCACUCCAAGUCCCAGGAUGUUGCACAGCACCUGCGAGGUGCAGACAUCGUUGUCGCUGCCAUCGGCCAGGCACAGUUUGUGCGCGGAGAGUGGUUGAAGCCGGGCUGCGUCGUCAUCGACGUUGGCAUCAACUCAGUGGAUGAUGCCACGAAGAAGUCGGGUUAUCGCUUGGUGGGUGAUGUGAACUACCCAGAGGUUUUGGGAGUUGCCUCCCUGGUGACUCCAGUGCCAGGGGGCGUCGGUCCCAUGACAAUUGCAAUGCUCCUGAAGAAUGUUUUGAACCUGGCACGCCAAAGUGCUGGCCUUCCUCGCGUGCCCCUGCGACGAGAGGUCCCCUCGGUGGAGCCGAAGCCUCUCUGA